GGCCGAUCCCGUGGAGGAGAAAAUGGGCUGAGAUUGGGAUGAGACGAGAUGAUCCGUGGGGAAAGCAUUGCCGUGUAAGGCGGUGAGGGUGAGAUGGCGCCGUCAUUAGCGCCAGAACCGGAAGGGGUGUCGAGGGGAUGGGCACAACCGUUCAAUUCCAGUUUGGAAAUGGAGAGGUUGUGGAGGGUAGGAGGAAUAAAGGAGAUAGGAGGAAGGCUCUCGUGCGUCCGUGGUGGAGCGACCACGGAAGAGGGUGAGUCUACGGUCAUGGCGACGCCACCACCUACGUUUCCUCCUCCUCCACCUCCUUCGAUUCCUACCCACUUCUCCGGAUCCUUGCACUCUACCGUCUCCAUUCUUAGACUACCGUUUGACGAUGAAACUACGAUUGCCGGUCCGCCCCGUCGAUUCCGCCCUUCUUGUUGGCCCCGCCGAGCUUCUAGAGGGGGGGGUGAUACGGCGGAGGGGGGGAACAUCCGGCGGCACGGGACGAGCGACCACAGCCUGGUGAGCGGGGUGAGCGUGCGGACAAGCGGGGGAGGAUUGCGAGGAGGAGGAGGAGGAGGAGGAGGAGGAGGAGGAGGGGAUCGAGGGUGGAAGAGAGAGGUGGAAUCGUCCGCAGAACAAUGUUUUGGCGAUGAGGCGGGAGAAAGACCGUGCCUGGCUUCCCACCGCUUGCGACGGUUCCUGAUAGCCAGCAGUGCGUGGCGAUGGCCGAUACUCAUCCUGUGGCUGGUGCUGGGGGUGUCGGCGUCGACGUCAUGCUUCAUGAUAAUAUAUUCGAAGGAAAUGGAAAUUCAGCAGAACUCGGUGAAGACGCAUUGCACGGCGUGGUCGCGCGGACUAUCUGACAAGGUGGAAAACAUAGCCAGCGAAGCGAAAUCGCUAGGAGAUCUAGUGCACGUAUUUUACUAUCAAGCACGAGAGGAGGUUGCGGCAGCAGGAGGAGGAGGAGGAGGAGGGUACAGUUGGAAACAUGUGAGCGAUUACGUGAAUGCGACGGCCUACGCGCGAAGGAUGGUAAGCGAAGUUGCGUUCGUAGAGUGGGUUUAUAGAGAUAACAGGGGUGAAUUUGAGAGGAGGAUGGGGUGGGCAAUCCGAGACCCCGGGGGGGAGAAGGCGGGAAUGAGGGAGGCGUACGCUCCCGUGAUAUUCCGUCAAGCACAAUCGUCGGAUGGCCCGCCUCAUUUGCCAGAUGUGGGCACAGAUAUGCUAGUGACCGACGAACAGAUGCCAAGGCUUCUGGGAGAUGCAUGUGAAUUGCGCAGGGGUCAUGCACUUGGUCCGAUGGACAGCCGCGGGAUCAUUCUGCAAGCAUCCCCCUUUGCGCGGGACGAAAACUCUACUUCACCUGAAUCUCCAGAAUUGGACAAGUACAGCCAUCGGCAAGUCCACUUUGCCACUGCGACCCCUCCUCCUCCUCCUCCUCCUCCUCCUCCUCCUCCUCCUCCUCCUCCCUUGGAUGCUGCCUUUAACUCCUCUGCCCCACGUUCUUGUCGAGGGCUGGUGUUGGCAAGCCUGGACUUCGCAGGCAUGGUGCAAAGCUCGGUGAACAGAAGUGGUCUUCAAGACAAACUCCACGCUUUCAUCUACGACACAACGAAUGAGAGUGAGCCCCCCGUGCUCUAUUACCCCAGGACGACGGAGACUGGUUGCAGCCGCUCGAUUAGGUAUACGUACAAGACGAAACUUUGCCUUGGCGAUCAAAGGCGCAAGUACGAGAUGCACUGCCGCAGUCACCAUUGGAGUGCCUUUCCCGCCCGAGCAGUGGAAUGGACUUCGUUGCUGAUGCUCAUCGUGAUCCUAGGCGCGUAUAUCAUUUGGGCGUCGACUCGAAGCAUCAGACAGAUGAAGAGAGAUAUGGACAGAAUGCAGCUGCUGGGCGACGAAAUGCGAGAAGCGAAGAACGCCGCCGAAGUCGCUAAUAAGGCGAAGGGCAGCUUCUUGGCGACGAUAUCGCACGAGAUGAGGACCCCAAUGAAUGGGGUCCUAGGGAUGCUGAAGUUGUUAUCGGAAACGCCGCUGGACGUGACUCAGCAUGACUACGUGGAGACGGCGCGGCUGUGUGGCAAUACGCUUUUCUCUCUCAUCAACGAUGUUCUGGAUUUGUCCAAGAUCGAGGCCGGGUGCAUGGUUCUGGAGGCGAUUCCGUUCGACCUCAGAGAGGAGGUGGACAACGUGUUGGGGUUCUUCGUGGAGAAGUCGAGGGAGCAGCCGCGGGUGGAGUUGGCGGCGUUCCUAGACGAUCUGCUGCCGGAUCGAGUGAUCGGGGACCCGUUGAGAUUCAGGCAGGUGUUGGUGAAUCUGGUCGGCAAUGCGCUCAAGUUCACACAAGAGGGACACAUAUUCAUCUGCGUGCGAAUGGCGCAGCCGGACGAAGACGUGUCGCUCUGUUCAUUCGUAACAACGGGUGCGGGAGCCGUUGGGGGAUCAGCAGCGGCAGCAGGAGCAGCAGGAGGAGGAGGCGGAGGAGGAGGAGGAGGAGGAGGAGGAAGAGACUCCGUCGAUUCGAGUGGCGGAAUGGCCGGGAAAGUGAGGAGAAGGUUCUCGUUGGGAGAGAGACGUAGGCGAAGCGUGGAGUUCAUGACCGGGGGAGCGUGGGAUUCCUCGUCGAGUAUCUCCAGUGUAUUAGGAGGAGGAGGGGGAGGAGGAGGAGGAGGGGUAAGUGGAAGACGAUGGAGGAACCUUGAAAUGAGCUCAGCGAGGAGCUCGCCAAAGUUUCUGGCAGGAGGAGAAGGAGCAGACAAGGACGCCUCUUCGUCGAUGGUCAGGUCGCUGGCAGGGGGGCCGGGCGGCCGGGGCAGCGAAUGGUGGAAUCGAUCUAGGUUCAUCUCGCCCGUCGUGAUGAUGGAUGACGAUCUGACGGUGGAGGUCACCUCAUCGAGCGGCGACAGCGCAUGGCAGAAAUGGAUUCGAAUGCAGACAAAGGAUGAGUCAGCAGGCGAUAACCACGAAGAAGAGGGAGGAGGAGGAGGAGGAGGAGGAGAAAAGGGAGGCGAGACAGAGAGCUGCGUGUCGGUCAAUAAUCUUCUUCCUGCUGGUGAUAUCACCGGCGGCGCGGUGCGGCAGGAAGAGUAUCCGACGCUGAGUGGUCUGGCCGUCGUCGAGUGUCCCAGCAGUUGGAGCAACAUUGGGGAGAGCUUCUCUGGCCGACCGGUCUGGUGUGGUACUACCGCUGAUGAGCGACCGGUCCGCAUCGUCGUCUCUGUGGAAGAUACGGGUUGUGGAAUCCCGUGGAAGGCUCAGCGGACCGUGGGCAAACCGUUCAUCCAAGCCGAUACAAGUACUACGCGUCUGCACGGCGGCACCGGCAUCGGUCUCUCGAUAUCCCAACGGCUAGUACGAUUGAUGGGGGGCAGGAUGGGCUUCUGCAGCCGGCCAGGCUUGGGCUCGACCUUCUUCUUCGACAUGGUCCUGCAGUCGGCGUACUCUCCCGCUCCAGUCUCGUUAGACACGUCGGUAUCGUCGCUGACGCUGUCGGAGAGAUCGCCAACUCGACUGCGUCCCGAUCUGCACAGAGCGCAGGAAGCCGGCGAGAUUCAUUCUGGGGUGGUAGGCGUUGAGAGGAACGCGAUGGGAGGAGGAGGAAGGGGGACACCGGUGGGCAUUCUGCCGAGGCUGCAGCAGCAGCCGUCGAACCUGCCAGCAUCCGAAGACAAUGUUCUUGAAGGCUUGACCGUGGUGGUGGUAGACGAUAAACACGUGAGGCGAAUGGUCGCCGCCUGUCACCUCAAGAGGUUAGGAGCGUGGAUUGAGGAGGUGGAGACGGUGGACCAGGCGGCGGAUGUGCUCAAGAUGUCCUCUUUGUUCAUCCAGCCAAAAGCCCUGUCAAGCGCACCUGCUGCUUCUCUCCUCCAGACGAUAGUCACAACACCCCCUGCGCCGCUUUCUCCGCAAAUGGCUCAACACCAGCCUUUCACAACGGCCGCGCCGCCCCCUCCUCACAACAAGCCCUCUCCGCUUUUUCGCGGCAGACGUGGCCCAGGAUCAGCAGCAGCAGCAGCAGCACAGUCGCCCGCGCCAGCGGCAGCUGCAGGAGGCCACGUGGACGAAUUGUUGUCCCCGUCUUCGACGCACGGUCCGGGAGACAGAAGGAAGUUUCAGAUGGUGGUGCUGGAUGAAGGGUUCAUCCUGAAGAACGGGGGCUACGAUAAGGACUGGCGUGCAACGCUGAUGAGAACGUCAACAACCCCCAUUCAAGGGGUUGUAUCGCAUGCCGGAGCACCCUCAGGAUGUGCUAUUGUUGGUAGAUCACUACCUCCUCCUCCGUCCCUUCAAGUGCACAGCGCUCCUCAGCCCGUUCAGUUGCUGCUGAUUGCUGCUGUGCGCCAACCGGCCUCAAGAGCCGCCGCCGAGGACGCCGGCUUUGACGCCGUGCUUGUCAAACCCUACCGGCGAAGUACGUUGGCACUCUGUUUCACAGAGCUUCUGACAGGCACCAGAUCGCCUACGUCAGUGUUGUCCCCCUCGACGGGUCUUGACGGCUUGGUAGCAAUUGGAGCAGAAGGAGGAGGAGGAGCAGGAGGAGGAGGAGUGGAAGGAGGAGGAGGAGAGACGGGUCGAGAAGGGUCGUUGUCGACCGGGGAUUCGAUGGCUGACGCGGCGCGCAGCAAAGCCGGCCGGCCGGGCUGCGGUCCUCCCUCUUCUGGCCCUCUCCCUGGCUUGGAGAGGGAGCAUCGCGCCGUCAGCGUUGCUGUCGGCUCUAGUGAGCAGAAAGCCAUCUUCAACGCCAUGUGUAAGAUUCUCGGGAAGAGGCAAGUGCUUGUUGUUGACGACAACUGCGUCAAUAGGAAGGUGGUGGGAAAGCUUCUCGGCAGGUGCGGUGCGGUAGUUACCCUCGUGGAAGGGGGGCGCCAGGCCCUCGACAAACUCAAGGAGAAGCCGUUCGAUUGCAUCUUCAUGGACGUGCAAAUGCCCGAAAUGGACGGCUUCGAAGCCACGCGACGCAUCCGGAGGAUGCUCAAGGAGGGUAUUCUUUACAAUCCAAGUGUUGUCGACAACAACAAUCACAAUCACACUGCAAAUGCGGCGGCACCUACACCUACACCUUCUCCUCCUCCUUCUCCUUUUCCCACGAUUGCCGCCGCUCUCGACGAUCGAUCUAUGUCCACCGCUGCUGUUUCGUCAAUCGCUGCCUGCCAACCGCAAGGACAACAAUCGACACCUCCUUCUCCCAUUGUACCUCUCUGUCCGAGUCCUCCAUUGGCAAACAGUGAAGAGCUUCCUUCGCCGGGGAAGCUGUUCCAACACCACAUACCUGUCAUUGCUCUCACUGCUGACAUUCAACCCGAGACUCGGUCCAAAUGCUAUGAAUCUGGCAUGGACACGUUUUUGACGAAACCGCUCGUGGAGUUGGAGCUGCUUAGGGUCUUAGAGGAAUGCCUCAUUCCUAAUUGGGAAAGACUGGGAAGAGGACCCUCAAACACCGGCGGCUGCAGUGAAUGGCUGCGAGGUUAUCCUCUUGCUCUCACCUCCGCUCCCCUUCGCGAUCUUGCGCCUACGUCUCCGCCGCAUUCCGAGCGAUUCCGCCGUGCUUAGUGCAGGCAGCACCUGCUUCCAAGUGGCGCCCCCCUUUUAUGAUUGACAUUGGCAAUCUGAUGAAGCAUGUCCUGGUUCAAACCAUGUCCUGGUUCAAACUAUGUCCUGGUUCAAACCAUGUCCUGGUUGAAAGCCGAUAGGUCCGCUAGUGCGCACCCUCCUCUCCUCCCCCCCGGCUUCAGCCACGCUUCCCCCCUUCCCCACUUCCGCACUUCUCUCCUGACCGCGCCUCUUUCUCGUGCAGGCGAUUUGUUCCCGGCUUUCGAUGACAAACGAGGUUAACUUUGUUGUUUCUGUGUACAGCGAUGGCCGUGAUGUCUGUAUCUGGCCCUGUUUCCGGAACUGGACGUUAAGGAUUGAUGGCCCACGGAAAUCAUCAUGGAUAUCGCAUUUGCACCAGCUGCAUGAUGGUGCGUGAUGCUAGCAUGUCCGCAGGAGUCAAUGGCCCUCGCCGCACUACUCGACAUUUUACUGGUAUCUGGACUCCAUUCUGAAUCACAUACACUCGAACUGAUCAUACAUUUUGAAAAAUGUAUCUGCACGAAGAACAUGGCCAAAUACGCUUGGAACGUUGUACAGUGGAGCGAAGCCCAAUAUGAUCGUGUACAAUUUGCUGCAACGCUUCUACCUCCUCUCGGGCUGGCCAUGUCUAUAUAUAUAUAUAUUCUAUUUGACGAUAUAUAUAUAUAUAUAUAUCUCCAGCCUCCUGAUGAGUUGAUGAUCUCGGACGAAACACUUUUUUGUCGUUUUCUCCCGUUCCGCCUGCUGAUUGCAUCGAACGGCUCUCUGUGACAAAAACAUAUACAUAGUAAAUUACAAUAAUAUAUAUUCACUAUCCCCAUCACAAACUGCGGAUGAGCGCGCCUCGCUUCCGCUUCCGCUUCCGACCAUCUGGGGAUGGCAGCGCCUUCCUUCCGCUUCAACUUCCGCCUGUGCCCAAACACGCCGGCACUUAAACUGGACAGCAUAGUAAAGCGGCUGAAGCCCACAAUGAGUCGUCAAUAGGCUGAAGAUAAGGAGUGUGUCAGUAGCACUCGGGGCUCCCAGAGGAUGCUCCCUGCUCUAUAUGAGGCAAUUGUGCGCCAGUCUUACGUUGGCAUUGUCUACCAACUUGCGUUACGAGCUCUGCCUCUUCUCUUCUGGCAAUAAUGGCAAAGACAUAGAUAUCCAAACUAUUACCAGCUACGCCGUUAACCUGCUGCAGCAAGCUGUAGGCAGUCGGAUCGUUCCUUUGCCGGCCCGGUUCAGCCGAUAUCGUUUGCUCAUCCAAUCAGCUCAGCCCCUUCCCUUCACUCUCUCUCUCUCUCUCUCUCUCUCUCUCUCUCUCUCUCUCUCUCUCUCUCUCUCUCUCUCUCUCUCUCUCUCUCUCGCAUACACACACACACACACACACACACACACACACACACACACACACAAGGGCAAAUACGCACACAUAGGGGCGCGGGCACACACACUAACAAACAGGAAACUCGAUACACAAACAAAAAUGCACACACGAA